CCUGUCCUCCUGGUAAUUCUCCUACACUCCUCACCUUCUGUGCACAUCACAGAAAAGGCCAAUUGCUUCCUAAAAACCAGUCCCAGCCUCUCCAGGGAUGGAGACCUUGUUAUUGGGAGCUUUCUCCCUAUGCAUUCUGUAGAAGUGAGUAAUGACAUAGGAGCAGAGAAUUUGAAUAUUUUGUUCUUAAUUUCCUACUCUUUAUCCCUCAGGUGGCUGCACAAAAAUUACCAGCAGGUCCUGGCCCUGGUAUUUGCUGUGGAGGAGAUCAACAGGGACCCCAAUCUGUUACCCAAUAUUUCUAACCUGGGAUUCUAUGUCUAUAAUGCCUACCACAGUGAUGAGAGAACCCUGGAGAGCUCCCUGAGGUGGCUGUCUGGGCAGAGCCAGUUUAUCCCUAACUACAGCUGCUGGGGGCAGGACAAGUCUGUGGCUAUCAUUGGAGGAGCCACCUCAGCUCUGUCUAUCCAGAUGGGGACCCUGCUGGAGAUCUACAAGUUUCCACAGAUCAGCUAUGGGCCUUUUGAUUCCAUCCUGAGUGACAAGGUCCAGUUCCCUUCACUCUACCAAAUGGCCCAAAGGGACUCUUCCCUGCACCAUGGUAUGGUCAAGUUAAUGGUACAUUUUGAAUGGACAUGGGUAGGUCUGGUGACCACAGAUGAUAUGAGAGGUGAGGAAUUCCUCUGGAACUUAAAAGGGGACAUGAUUAAGCAUGACAUCUGUCUGGCUUAUACUGAGAAGCUCCCAGUGAGUGAGAGAAGACACACAGAAUCUCAGGAUAUGUUCAUGCCACGUAUUGUGCAAUCCUCAGUUAAAGUCAUUAUUAUUCAUGGUGACACAGAUUCACUCAUGAUCCUUAGAUAUUCACAGCCUUUCCUUAUCUUCCUGUGGAAGGUCUGGAUCACCACUUCUCAUUGGGACAUCACCAUGAGACCCCAGUGGAAUGAUGGCUACAGUUUCCAUGGAGCACUUUCAUUUUCCCAGAUGACAAAAGAGAUCCCUGGUUUCAAGUCCUUUCUCAGGACAGUGAACCCUGCCAAAUACCCAGAGGACCCUUUGCUGAAGGACUUCUGGUUCUCAGCAUUCAAAGGCCUGAAAAAAAUGGAAAAUGAGGAUCCAAAUGAGUGCUCACCCAAUGCUUCCUUGGAGAUGCUUCCUCUUCAAUUCUUUGACAUGGCAAUGUCUGGUCUGAGUUACACCAUCUACAAUGCUGUGCAUGCUGUGGCCAGGGCCCUCCAUGAAAUGCUUCUUGUUACAUCAGAGAGAGAAUCUAUAAGAAAUGAAGAAAUCUGGGUGCCUCAGCCAUGGCAGCUCCACAAUUUUCUGAAGAAAAUGCAAUUCAACAAUAGUGCUGGUGACCGAGUAUUUUUGAAUGAUAUGGAAAAUUCUGGGGCUCAUUAUAACAUUUUGGAGUACUUGUUCUUUCUCAAUGACACUGAAGCUCUGGUGAAAGUGGGACAGUUUAUUCCAAAUUCUCCAUAUGGUCAAGAUUUUACCAUUUGUAAUGAGGCCAUUGUGUGGGGCUGGAAUGAGCCAAAGGUUCCUCAAGCUGAAUGCAGUGAUAGCUGUGGCCCUGGAUUCAGGAAAACCCCAAGGGAGGGAGAACCUGUCUGCUGCUUUGACUGUUCUUCAUGCCCAGAAGGGGAGAUUUCCAAUCAAAUGAACAUGCAGCAUUGUAUGAAGUGUCCUGAAGAUGAGUAUCCAAACAAGGAGAGAGAUCUCUGCCUCCCCAAAGCCAUUACCUUCCUGGAUAUCAAAGAACCUCUGGGAAUGACUCUAGCCUGUGUGGCUCUUUUCUUCUCUGUGCUCACAGCUCUGAUUCUUGGAGUGUUUGUGAAGUUCUGUGACACACCUAUAGUGAAAGCCAAUAAUAGGACCCUCAGCUACACUCUCCUCAUCUCCCUCACUUUGUGUUUCCUCUGCUCCUUGCUCUUCAUUGGCCGUCCCACUGCAGCCACCUGCCUCUUUAGACAAACAACUUUUGGACUUGUCUUCACUGUAGCUGUUUCUUCCAUUUUAGCAAAAACCAUUCUGGUAAUUCUGGCCUUCAAGGUUACAAUACCAGGGAGCAGUAACAAGAUUUGGCUGCAACCUCGAGUGUCCAACUGUAUUGUAGUCCUUUGCUCUGGCAUUCAAGUGACUCUCUGUGGCAUCUGGCUAGGAAUAUCUCCCCCUUUUCCAGACACUGACACACAUUCCCAACCCAAUAAGAUCAUCAUUGAAUGUAAUGAGGGCUCUGUCACUGGUUUCUACAGUGUUUUGGGGUACAUUGGCUUCCUAGCCCUGGGUAGCUUCACUGUGGCUUUCCUGGCCAGGAGCCUGCCUGACACCUUCAAUGAAGCCAAGUUCAUCACCUUCAGCAUGCUGGUGUUCUGCAGUGUGUGGAUCUCCUUCCUGCCAACAUACCAGAGAACCAAGGGUAAAGCCAUGGUGGUGGUGGAGAUCUUUUCCAUCUUGACCUCCAGUGCUGGGUUACUGGGCUGCAUCUUUAUUCCCAAGUGUUAUGUGCUUUUGCUGAGGCCCAAUGAGAACACUCAGGAAUGUAUAAGAAAUAAACCCAACUGCAAGAGUGAGAAGCAUUUGACUUGA